UGAUAUUGACUUACCUGAAGAAGCCGAAAAACAAGGUGAUACCCCAGAUUGUAGUUCAUCAAAGCAUAAACGUAGCCACAAGAAGAAGCGCAAACAUAAACACAAGCAUAAACACAAACACAAAAGUACCCGUAAUGAAGGCUCUGAUGAUCAACGCCACAAGCAUCGACAUAAACACAAGAAACGUCGUAGCAGGCGGGAGCAUACAGAUGAAGAGAAGUCAUCAGUAUCUGAUCAAGAAGUUGAUAAUAGGCAGACCAUUAAGAACAAUGAUUCCGUAGAUGAUGCUGCCUAUUUAGAUGAACUGGAGAGACAAAAAGAAUUACUGACAGCAGAAUUGGCUGGUGAUUUAGGAUACAAUCCCAAUGAUGUCACUGUCAAAUCUGCAAUUUCUCUAAUAGCUCAAGGUUACCGUUCUUCUGGUGAGGAAGAAGAGGAAGGUCAAGUGAAUGAAGUAGAUGAAUCUGAUCGCCAUUCUGAACAGGAAACUCCACUACCUCAGCAAAUGCUUGUCGACGUUUCAAUAGAAUCUUCUGAAGAAGAAGUUAAAAUCUCUAAGCAUUCAAAAUCACAUUCCCGUAAAAAAAGCCGCUCACCUCGUGAGAAAAAAAAACGAAAGAGGAGCAAGUCUCCAAAAACACAUAGCUCAAAACGAACUUCCUCUCGCGCAGAUGAGAGAAUAGAUGAAAAGUCUUUAUUAUCUAGAAAAAAGAGUGGCUCUUUGGAUAGAUUUAGAGAUUAUGAAUCAUCAAAGAGAGACAGAGAAAGCCAACGAAAAUCCUCCCCAAAGAGCCGUGAUUCACCAGUAAGGAAUCGAGUAUCACAUAGAGAGAAACAAUCGCCAGACAAACGAAGGCAUUCGCCAGAGAGGAGACGGCCCUCAGCAGAUAAAAGGGCGUCACCUGAUCGUAGGAGGCUAUCACCAGAUAAGAAAAGGGAAUCGCCAGAUAUUAGGAGGGAAUCACCUAUAAGAAGACGAGACACUCCAGAUAGAAUGAAAACAUCUUUAGAGCGUAAGCCCUUUAGAACACACGAUUAUGAAGAAUUACGACGUCCUAAAUCACCACCCAGAAAAGAAAGACGUAGGAGUCGGUCUCCACCAUUUUCUGGAAGGAGGAGAAGCAAAUCCCCUAAUUCUAGAAGAAUACUAUCAUUGGAAAGUUUAAGAGGAAGAACACCUCCCAGGAGACGAUCCCCACCAGAGCGGUUUGAUCGUGCAAUGCAUCGCAGACACAGGUCACCUUAUCGGAGACAUGGUAGAUACUCAUCUGAAGACCGAAGAGAAAGGAGAAAACGUAGUUACUCUCCGAAGGAAGAUAAAUUCAAAGGAAGUCUUUCAGAGGGACAGUCUUUACAGAAGAAUGCUUCAUCUGAGGACGAAAUUGAAGAUGUUGAUAUUGAGGAGAUGGAAGAUGAAGAGACGUUGAUUGAAAAGAGGCGACUUCAAAGACAACAGUUAUUACAGAAACUUGGCGGUGGUAUAAGUGCAGAUGUGAGCAGGGAGGGUAGUGUAGCUGAAAGUGAAAUAAAUAGCGACGUCAAUUCGCAAUCUGGAUCUCGCUCGCCCUCUCCAGAGAGUAAAGUUGAGAGCCGUGCUGUGACUUCUAGUAGUGACACAGACAGUGAUUCAUCAGUUGAUGAAGAAACUACAGAAACUCUUGACAAGGAAGAACUUGAUUUUGAGAAAUCCAUUGACCAAAAACGAAGCAAUAUUGUUAUUGAACCUGCUCAAGAUGGUGAAACUAAGACCAAACCAAAUGGCUUUGAUAUGUUCAGUGAAAUGGAUAUGUUUAGUGAUAAGUUUAAUAGUCCUACAAUCAUAGAAGGUAUUGGACAGUAUCAUCAAGAAAAUCCAAAUCUGACAGAUAAUUGGGAUGAUGCAGAAGGCUACUACCGUGUUCGUAUAGGUGAAACAUUGGAUAAACGCUAUCAAGUAUACGGUUACACCGGUCAAGGUGUGUUUAGUAACGUGGUCAGGGCUCGCGAUGUUGCACGGGGACAGCUUGAAGUGGCCAUUAAAAUCAUUCGUAACAAUGAAUUGAUGCACAAGACAGGACUAAAAGAGCUUGAAUACCUCAAGAGGUUGAAUGAUACUGACAGAGAGGAUAAAUAUCAUUGUCUACGUCUAUUUAGACAUUUUUUUCAUAAAAACCAUCUUUGCCUUGUUUUUGAAUCUUUAAGUUUGAAUCUGCGUGAGAUAUUGAAGCGGUAUGGGCAAGGUGUUGGCCUGCAUGUGAAAGCUGUUCGAUCCUACACUCAUCAACUGUUCCUUGCCCUCAAGCUGUUAAAAAAGUGCAACGUUCUGCAUGCAGAUAUUAAACCAGACAACAUAUUGGUAAAUGAUUCUAAAUCUGUGUUAAAAUUGUGUGAUUUUGGUUCUGCAUCCCAUGUUGCUGAGGCUGACAUAACUCCUUAUUUGGUCAGUAGGUUCUACAGAGCCCCAGAAAUCAUUAUUGGUAUGAAGUAUGACUAUGCUAUUGAUCUAUGGAGCACAGCAUGUACAAUCUAUGAACUAUACACCGGCAAGAUCAUGUUCCCAGGGAAGACCAACAACCACAUGUUGAAGUUGUUCAUGGAUGUUAAAGGCAAAAUGCCAAAUAAGAUCAUCCGCAAAGGCUUCCUCAAAGAUAAUCAUUUUGAUAGUAACUGUAACUUCAAGUUUAUUGAGAUAGACAAAAUCACAGAACGGGAAAAAGUAACAGUUAUGUCUACUAGUAAUCCAACGAAAGAUCUAAUGGCAGAUUUAAUUGGAUACCAACGCCUACCAGAAUCACAACUUCGAAAAGUCAUCCAAUUAAAGGACCUGUUAGAUAAGAGUCUGAUGCUAGACCCAUCCAAGCGAAUCUCAUUGAGUGAUGCUUUACGCCAUCCAUUCCUACAGGAGAAGAUAUAAAAAGAGAGAUAGACUUUCCCUUGGUAAUUACUUUGGUAAUAAGUUAUCAUCUGGGAUUGUUUCUGUUCUGUCCAAUGACAAGCAUCAUUAAGUUUAGUAAGUGCUGGAGUCAACAAACAGAUAAUUAAAUAAUUAUUUAAUCAUAAUUGUCAAUUAUUAUGUUAUGAAUGCUCAAGACAAAUGUUUCUUUCCACACCGAGAGUUGAUGAUGUGAUGUGUAUCAGUGAUUUCAAUUUCGUAAGCAGGCAAUACAACUUUAAUACGGAUUGUUAUAAUUGAUUAAUUAUUCAUUAUUAUUGUCUGAUUAUAGGAUAUGGAUGUUUUAUAGGUAAUGUAUCUGUGUACAAUCUUAUUGCAAUGGGCACUGUAAAUAAGAUACUGUAAAACCUUGAACUGAAGCCCAUUGGGCUUAAUCUCGAGAAGAAGCCCAUCUCGAAUUGAAGCCCUCCUCUUCAGUUUGCAAAAUUAGCCGCGAAAGGGCUUCUUUUCAAAUAGCGUAGACUUUUUUUCAAGAUAAUACAUACACUAUACAUGAUUUUGAAAAAAACAAGAUAAAUUCCUCUAUACAGUAGUUUAGGUGAUUUAAUGCCGUUAAAUACACUCCAUGAUACAGACUGAUAUUACUGUGGCCCAAAUUUACUGCAUUCAUUUGGAAAAGAAGCCCCUCUUUACUUUGCAAAAGUGGCCUAGAAAAGAAGCCCAUCCAAAGUUAGCAAAUAAAAGAAGCCCAGGGCUUCAAUUUGAGGUUUUACAGUGUAUCAUAAAUCAGAGUGUUAUUCCUACAAUAAACUAAUGAGAACAAUAUAAACAAAAUGGAAUUAAUUUUUACUAUUACUGCUAUACACUUCAAAACCAUCUAUCUGAAAACAAUAUUGAAACAAGAUUGAAAAGUUUUACUGGGAGCAUGUCCAUGUUUUUGUGGCAGGGGGUUGCAGUUUCUGGAAUCUGAUAUUUCUGUUGGUUACAACACUAUUAUUUAAUUCUAUAGAGAUUGACAAGUUCGCUAGUCAGGUUGGAGAUGAGAUCAUACACCUAUUUUUCCAUUUGGAUUCGGCAUUAGGUUAUUGUUUUUGUCCGUUUUUUAAUCAGUUGUGUAUUUACUUUUAAUCUGUUCGUUUCUAGAUUCAUCAGAAGUAUUGAGUCAUAAUCUGGUGUAACCUGGAUAUCUGCAAUCAGGGUAAUGAUUUAUAAUAAUGGCCAGAAAUGUAUUAUUUAUAAUUUCUAUUGUUAAUGUAACUUACAAAUACUUGCUAUUUACGCUGGCUUCACUUGAAAUCCAAAGCAACAUAAACCUUGGAUUCUACAACAAACAGAAAAUAUUCAACAAUGUACAUAAUUAUAGCUUGGACUAUCAUCAAAAUAGGUUUUUGUAUGUUUUACCAAGAAGAUAUAAGAUAAUUAUAUAAGAUUUAAGAUUGGAGAAGAUUCUCAAUGCUGAAAUGUAUACUCAAAUUUUCUAAGCAUUUGGAAAAAUAUGCUUUCAUAUUCAUAUUUACUAUUCUAAUGGAAAGUAUCUGGAUAUUCCCACUUCCCAUGGCCUAACAAUAUUAAACAAUGCUUAGAUAUGAUAUAUUUUAAUACUAAUGAGAUGACCAUAUAAAAUGUUUCCAAUUUGGACAUUCAAAAUUUCUAUUCUAAAGGGAUUUAAUAUUUAACAAAUGUUUUAAAAACCAUGUUAUCUAUCUUAUUUAUAUUUGCUAUUUUUUAUCUAUUCCUAAUGGAAAAUAUUUGGCUCUUCUCGGGGCUUUCAAAUAUGAAACCAUGUUUAAAUAGUGUAAUAUAUAUAAUUAUAUAAUGAGACAUUUUCUUUUUUUUUUGAGACAAGCCAUUUGUCGGUAGCAGCAACCGGCUUCUCAUCGUGGAACCCGCCAUGAGGAAAAAAGCUCAGUACACGUAAACUUCUGUUUACACUUUUAUUUCUUAAAUAUUUUCAUUCAUUCAUUGUGUUAGAAAUUUUCUCUAGGACAAUUUACUUUUAAAAUAUCUUGUUCAACUGUUUAUGAAAUAGCCAGUUAGUUGCAACAUGUGGGUGCCAACUCUAGAUGAAGUGUUUUAAUUAAUAUUAUUAGUUAAGUGCUAUCCAUACAAUAGCAAACAUUUUUAUCAUGAUCAAAUGCAAUUAGUCUCCAUGUGCCUCACUUUCAGAUUUAGCGUUAAUUGUGCAUGUGCUUAACAGUCACAUGACAUUAAUGAGGUAUGUUGGGAUACAAUAAUUAAAUGUAUUUAUAGUAGAGAUGGCUUUGCUAUAGGAUUAAAUUCUAUAUGCUGAUAUCAACACAACAUUAGGUAUUUUUAUAUUGUAUAUAUUGUCUUUGAAGACAGCAUUGUAACAAACAAUUGUUAGUCUCAUAUAGGGUGCAUAUUCUAUGUGUUUAUUAAUCACUAUUUUAAAAAUGAUAAAUCCCACUUGGAAAAUAUUAUAGCAUUUAGUAUUUACUUGCCAGGCAUGCAUGCAUUCACCAUAGCAAUAUUGAAGUUUUUCAAGUUUGUUUAAUGAAACUCAACUCAUUAUUCUUUUCAGAGUUAACGUCGAGAUGGCGGAUGUGACGAUUUCGACAGAAAUUUUACAGAUAAGUGUUAAAUAUGAUGAUGGUUAGCUCAGUAUCUAAUAAGUGAACAUGAGUCCUUUUCAACUUAUAAUAUAUUAAGAAAGGAAUACUGUAGAGCCAGAGAUGUGUACAAAAAUCUAAUGUAGUUUAAUGCAAGUACAUAAUUAAAGGUGCUUGAAACCAUA